ACAAGUUUAUUAUUCGCAUAAAAUUGUUAUGAAUAACAUUGUUUAUGAAACAAUAAUUUGUCUUGUUGAAUCAAUUUAUCAAGAUGGCAGAUAGUUCCAAAUAUGAUGCGCGAUUUUCCAGCAGUGUUGCAUUCUCUAAUGUAGAUUCCAGUCCAACUAGCAAAAAAUUUAAAGCUAAAUAUGAUAUAAUCCUUCAAGAAGAACCAGUUGUCGUUUUGCUUGGCUGGGGAGGAUGCAAAGAGCGUCAUCUCUCCAAAUACAGUUCUAUCUAUGGAAAACAAGGCUGUACCACCUUAAUGUAUAUCGGACCAUCGGAUAUGUUAAUUUCUACAAACUCUCGGAAAAUAUUAACAACUAACGCCAAGAAAAUCGUGAAUUUGCUGGAAGAAAUGGAACUGAUUGAAAAACCGUUAUUUUUUCAUUGCUUCAGUAAUGGAGGAGCUUUAAUGUACGAUCUCAUUAGAGAAGUUUUAUUAAAAAGAAACGAAAUAUACAACAUCAGAGGAUGUAUUUUUGAUAGUGGUCCGGCAGAAGUUAAAUUAUCUUAUGUGUGCCGUAUGUUAUCGACAAUGAUUCCAACUGAAGCCUAUACGAGAUAUAUUCUUGCGAUUGCCAUCUUUUUACGUUUACAUGUAAUAUAUCUUUACAACUGGAUUCUAAGUUAUUUCAUAGACAAUGAAGAAACUUUACGAAGGCAAAGCGUUUGGCACAGUUUAAUACACGAACCAAAUAUCUGUCCUCAGCUUUUCCUGUUUUCAAGAGAUGACGAUGUGUGCGAUUUUAAGAGCAUACAAAACUUUAUAGCGCAUCGCAAGGACAGAGACGUCAUUGUCGAUUUUUACAGAUGGGAUCAGACUCCUCACGUAUGCCACUACAGAUAUUAUCCAGAUCAAUACGAGAGGAUAGUAUUGGAUUUUGUUGCCAGAAAUCUGGAAUGAUUUUCAAUUUAUCAGCAGUUCAAAAUUAAUGUUUUAUAAUCAAGAAAAACAAUAGAAAGCAAAACUAUGGUUGAAUUUAAAAUCUUAUAUGAUCUUCGUCUCUAAUAUAAAGGAUAAUAAAAAUUUUAUUUUGGACUCUUAUAUUUCUAUAUUAUCAUGUUAAUAUGAAAUACAAUUAUAUUUUUCAUCAUUAUUUUAUUUUAUGAAUAUAUUGUUAAUGUAUGUGAGAAGAGUACACAGUUACUCUUAAACAAAAUACUGUAUUUACUAAGUCAUUAUUUGCGUAUU